AAGGGAGGCGAAAAGUAUUCCAUUUAAGAGAAUUUUACAGUUGAGCAACACGAUCCUUUGCGUUGUGCUGUGUUGUGUUUGCUGUCCUAGGAGCACAGAGAUAACAAUUACAGAGUUGUCAAAGAGAAUGGCUUGGAUGUUAGGCUGCAUCAUGGUUACACUGGUCUCAUUAUGUGGAAGAACAGCUCACUGCCAAAGUCAACACCAAGAAGAACUGAGACUUAUUCUGGUUGGAAAAACUGGAUCUGGAAAAAGUGCAUCUGGAAACACCAUCCUGGGAAAAACAAAUGGCUUUCAAGAAGACUUGUCACCUGAGUCUGUGACUAAAGGCUGCCACCGUGAAGAGGAUGGUGGUGGUGACAGGAACAUUAUUGUGAUCGACACUCCGGGGCUAUAUGACACAAAUAAAACUGAAGAACAAGUUAAAGUAAACAUGGAGGAGUGUAUUCAACAGUCAGUUCCAGGACCCCAUGCUUUCCUGUUAGUGAUCAGCCUGAAGUCAAGAUUCACACGAGAGGAGCAGAACACUGUCAAGUGGAUCAACGACAAUUUUGGGUCAGACGCUGCAAUGUAUACCAUCGUCCUGUUUACACACGCUGACCUGCUGAAAGGUAAAUCUGUGGAAGACUUUGUGAAGGAGAGCAAACAUCUACGACGUCUGAUAAACCAGUGUGGAGGACGAUACCAUUCACUCAUCAACAACCAGAGAGGUGACAGAAAGCAGGUCAGAGAGCUCCUAGAUAAAAUACAGAAGAUGGUGGAAUUCAAUGGAGGAGAGCACUACACUAAUGAGAUGUACGAGAAAGCCCAGGAGAAACUUGACAAGGAGAAUAAAAAGUUGGGAUGGACAUGGUUCACAAAGGUUGGUUCUGCUGCUGCAGCAGGUGUGGCUGCAGCAUGGAUGCUUGGACCACCUGCUAUUGUAGGAGCAGCUGUGGGAGCUGGUUUCUCUCAAGGUUAUGAUUAUGUCGUAAACAAGUUUACUUCUUCCUCAGACCCGUGAAGAAAUGGUCGAAUGGGAAAUAGAAUAAGACAAGUAAAAGCCUUGCAUAGCUUGUAUUUGGAUGGUGCAAUGUUAUUGUAUGCAAUAACAAAAACAUAUUUCAACAAAGUCUAAAUGUUAAUGUGUGAAAGAAUACUUUAUUUAUUUUCAUAGUGGCUGGAGCCUUUAUUCACUGAGCCAUCCAGAGCACCCGUCCAUUAUUGGAGGCAGGCUUUUAUUAGAGGAAGGCCUUCAUUUCUAAUUCCCUUUGUUUCAUUUCAGUAGGCCUGCGUACCAUAUUUGCUCAAAGUUUUCCUACCAUUUACUCUGCUGCUUUUUUUCUCACUUUAGCAGGAACACCAUACACCCAACAGCAGCCGGGCAGGCUGUCAGAAUGGGUAGUCAGGAUGGAUGAACGAAUAAAUUACACCAUUGUAUCAUUUAACAUAAAUGGGAAAGGGAACACACAUUGUUUUAAGUUUAUAAUUUGCAUCGCCUGCGUUGUAUUGUUAAUUAUUAUUGUUAAUUGAUUUUAAUACGAUUUUAGUGGUAGAGGGUGGGGGCACACAGAAUUCUUUUUAUCACGGAGUGGGUGCGUGUGGUGGGAGGGAAGCGUACUGACUCGGUGAACAAAUCAAUUGAACGAAUCAUUUUAAUGAACUGAUUCGAGUGAUUUGGUACAGUCAAAAGAAGUGUGCAGGACUCUACAGACAGACACUCUCCUUUUGAAUGAACAUCCCUCCCUCAGACGAUAAGGAAACACCAUUGACGAGAAACACCAUGACGACACGAUGCACACAGCUGUGGCCAAACAUCCAAAUCAACUUGGACACUAUUUUGCCAACUACUUUGUAUAUUUUCAUAAUACUAAUUCUGUAAUUUUUUUAAUCACACUGUUUAUUUUACUUUACUUUAAUCUAAUUUUAUUUUAUCUUUCUUGGGGAUUUAUGACUGUUUAUUUUUAUGUGCAACAAAGCUAUGGUGACAAAGCAAUUUCUCUCGUGAAUCAUUAAAGUCUGUCUAAGACGAUCUGUAGGUUUUUGUUUAUUUAUUGUCUCAGAAUUGGUCCCCCAUACUUGAUUGCUUUCAGUCUGUGAUAUGUAACCUGUUGUUUUGCCUUGUACUGGUCAUUUUGUGUAUGAUUUAAGUUCAGUUAAUGAGCAGCCUGGAUUUCUGUGAAAAAAAAAAAAAAAAAACUUCCAUGAAAAAGUAAUAAUAAUUAUGAUGUUCCCAUAAAAAAAUGUUAAUAUUAAAAUGAAAAACUAGCCAAAUCCAAUAUAAAGACGUGGGUCCAGUGUCAUACAUGCAUGCUUUAGUCAGAUGUAUGUAUCUGUGAAAGAUGUAUGUUUAUCUUAAACAGCAGCAAAAACGGUAUUUGAAAAUUCCCUGGGUGUAGUAAUGAUAUGUUGAAUUACCGUGCCACCCAAACUAUUCCAAAGCUGUUAAUAGUAGUGCCCUAACUACAAAAAUAAGGCCCAGACUGUAGUAAACUGAAGUUUUUACAAAAAGGUACUUUUGCCAUUGCAUAAAAGGUACCCGAGCUAGUACUUAAAGAAUGAAAAACAUACAAACUUUGUAUUUUUAAGGAAUAUUAAGUUCAAUAAUAUAAAUACAACUAAGACUAAGAAAUAAAUGAACCAAAAUAAAAAACAAUUCACAACAUAAUUAUCAUAACAAAAACAGCAGAGUAUCAAAAUCAGCAGCAAUACAGAAUACAGCACAUAACAACACAAAAUUUUUUACAAUAGGCCUACACUUUCAAUUUUUAAGUGUUUCAAAAAAAACGUAUUGAAUUUAAAAAAUAAGAAAGUGUAUAUUUCAUUCUAACUGUGACAAUUAUUAUCUUGCAGUUAACUUAUGUGUCUGAACUGUAGCUACAUAAGCAGAACUGAACGUUGGUAUCAUUAUUAUUAUUAUUAUUAUUAUUACAUCAUGUUAUUUCACACAUACUCUUCCUUUAACUGUAUCUGUUUUAUUUUGAUUAUUAUGUCAUGGGGACAAUGGGAUGCACAUUGUCUACAAUCUAUAUUGUGUCAUAAAUAUGUCUGACAUUUAGGAUAAACCAACCAGCUUGAAAAUUGGUUGAAAAUUCAGUUAGUUGUGAUGAUUUUAACCGUUGAUAGACAUCUGCCUCCAUAGACUAACACAGUGGACACUGCCUCCCCCUGAACAAGAUGGACUGACGCACCGCUCCAAUCACUGACUGUAUAUACUAAAAUGAAACUUCGAAAUGUGUCUCAUUAACAGCAGCCAUUAAUGGUGGCACCCCUAGAGUGGCAAUGCACGAUGGGUUAUCCACCACCCUGCUGCCAAGUUCUAAAUGUAAAUGUGUGAAAGAAUAAAACUAUAUUUCAAUAAAAUCUAAAUGCUCAGCGUUCUUCUCCUGACAUUUAAAACUAAAUUCAUUCAGUUACACUGAUCAGGCAUUACAUUAUGACACUGAUAAUAGUGUAUGUCCAAAACAUCAGAGAAUGGACAUUCUGAGGGUGUUCUGUGGUGUCCGGUAAUAGAAUGAUGUUGGUGGGGUCCUUUGGGUGCUAUGCAUUUGUAGCAGUUGUGAAAUGGAUGCUUAUAGGCUCAAGGAUGACAACACCAUGGACUGGAGUUUGUUCAUUUAUUCUGCAAAGGUAGCACAGGGCAGAGUCAGGAAACACAGCUGCAGGUAGGAACAGUCUGCCUCCACAACAAAAGCAGCCAUAGAUUUUUUUCUUACUUUUCUUCUGCUCUGCAUUAUAUAUGUCAAAACAAAAAAUAAAAAUAAAUGAAUGAAUAAAUAAUAAUUUUAAGAAAAAAUACUCAAAAAGAAUCACAUGAAAUUAAUAUCUCUAUAACUCACAUGUUAUUAAAUAAAAACUGUCCAUACUUUUCCUAUAGACAAAGACAAUAAUAAAAAACUGAAAUAAUGUGUGCUCUACUGAUGUUAUUACAGCUCUGACCAACUCACUUUCUCAUAUUUACUGUUUAUUAUUAUUAUUACUGUUAUUUUACUGUUUAUUAUUAUUUUUUGAUAUUUGUCUAGACAUAAUCAGUUGAGAUUUUCUAGGUUGUAUUUAGAAGCGUGAAUAUUAACAUAAUUAACAUUCAUAUAAUCAAAUAAAGAAUGAGGUCCUAGAUUAUGGAAGGGUCAAGAGCAUCAACCCCGUUUAAGUUUACUUGCGUAGGGUUGAUACAUGUUGAAACAUAUAACGGUUCUGAGAGACAAAAUAGAGAACAAUGAGGAGCUGUUCUGAAGUGAUAAAAGUUGCAAAGGAGGGAGUCACAGGAUGAGCGUGGUACAGAGCAUGUGAGAUCUAUGUCAGGGAGGAACAGGUAGGAAGGACUUUCUCUUCUUUCUAGGGCGCUGUCCCAGGGGAUUGGAGGACUUGAGUGGCCAAGGGUCGGGACCGACCCGUCCACCAACGAUGGGAGAGUUAAGUCUAAA